AUGAUUGAAUAUGACAGGUUCUUGAAUGCUGGAAUUUUUGAGAAUGGAACAGAGUAUUGUCACACUACCACAUUCAGAUUCGAAAUUUUGGAAGCUAUAACCAAGUUUCUUAACCACAACAUCACGUUGUGCUUACCCCUCCUUGGCACGAUCUCAGCCUCAGGUGAUCUUGUUCUGUUGUCCUACAUUGCUGGUACGUUGAUAGGGUGGCCUAAUUCUAAGGCUGUUGGACCUACAGGAGAAACUCUAAAUGCCGAGGAAGCCUUUAAACUUGCUGGUGUAGAUUUAGGUUUUUUUGAGCUGCAGCCUAAAGAAGGCCUUGCACUAGUUAAUUUUCUUUUGUUUGAGAGGAAUCAACGUCAAGGUUUGCAACAGACGCCUGAACGUUGCCGUAGGCCUUUAGCAACGUUUAUUGCCCGUUGUGAAAACCUGUUUUUGGUGUAG